GUCGGCGCGGACGUCGCGGCGAUUCUGGAGCGGGACCCGGCGGCGAUGACGCAUUUGCAGUGCGUGGCCUACUUCAAGGGCUUCCACGCGAUCCAGGCCCAGCGCUGCGCCCACGCCUACUGGCGCCGGGGGGGCUUCGAGAACGACCACGUGUCGUUCGCGCUCCAGGACCGCGUCAACGAGCUCUUCGCCGUCGACGCGCACCCGGGGGCGACGAUCGGCGGCGGCUGCUUCAUGGACCACGCGACGAACGUCGUGAUCGGGGAGACGGCGGAGAUUGGGAGGGACUGCACGAUCUUGCACGGCGUCACGCUCGGCGGCGCGGGCCGCGCGCGCGCGAAGCGCCACCCGACCGUGGGCGACCGCGUGACCAUCGGCGCGGGGGCGACGAUCAUCGGGCCCAUCACCGUCGGCGACGACGCGACCGUCGCCGCCCAGGCCGUCGUCUCCGUGGACGUGCCGCCGGGCGCGACCGUCGUC